UUGUGAAAACAUAUAUAGGCUAGCCCGGGAAGGGAGGAACCGAGGGAGUUCUACUCAACUCUCCCGAUCGGAAUUUCACUUCAAAUCUUUUCCAUCACCCGCCGCUCUAUUUAUUUCAAUUCCACUCAAUCCUUUUCAAAAAUUACUAUCAUUCAAUUCAUUCAUAUAUUCCAUCAAUCUAGGGUUUCUAGAUUCUAUUUCCAUUACAAAUUAUCUAGGGUUUCUCACUCUAGACACCAGUAGAGUAGAAACCCCCAAUUCACACUACAAUUUCUAGGUUUUUUCUUCCGAAACUGCGGCAUCAGAACACACCAAAACAAGUCAAUGAUUUGUUCCUGUGGACUGAGUUUGCAACGAUUAUUUUGAACUGGAGUUAUCACAAUGUUGGGUGUGAAUUGUACUAAUGGAUUCAAUGUCUCAUGCCGUUUUCGUCAAUUAGCUCAAUGGCACCCUUUAGAGCAGCAGCAGUUUGAUUAGGGCUUUGAGCCCACUUCUGCUGAAUUCAGAUUUUUAAUUCAUUUCCUGGGAGAAUUUUCAAUCAACUUAAGAUCUAAGCUAAAGAUGUUUGAUAAGACUCUAACUUAUGUGAAAGCUAUGUGGUGUUUUAACUGCUUCGGGUUUCUCAAGAGACGGAACACGCAGAAGGUUAAGCCUGCCAUCUACAAUAGUAAUCUCUCCCAAGAGCUGUUGUUGGAUGAUGAUGAUGAUGAUUUUGAUGACGAAGAGUCUUUCUGUAAUGACGAGGUUACUAGCACCACCAGUGGAGAUGAUAGUGAGGAGCAAAGUCGUCCUAAGCGAUCGGAGGAUAUUUUGGUUUUUAGAGUAGAGAAUGGGAUGAUUUGUAGACAGUUUCCUGUUAAAGAGACUGACAAAGUUUUUCGCACAGAGGAUGAAAAUGGAAACAAGAUGAUAAAUGAGUAUGUUCGUGAGUAUAAGAUUGGUUCGGGUAGCUAUGGGAAAGUGUCUCUUCACCGAAGCUCGGCUGAUGGAAAACAUUAUGCAAUUAAGGCCUUUCAUAAGUCCCAUUUACGGAAGCUUCGAGUUGGACCCUCAGAAACUGCCAUGACCGAUGUUCUACGUGAGGUUUUCAUAAUGAAAAUGAUCCAACAUCCUAAUAUAGUCAAUCUCAUUGAGGUGAUUGAUGACCCAGAAUCCGAUCACUUCUACAUGGUACUUGAAUAUGUGGAAGACAAAUGGGUUUGCGAGGGUUCAGGUCGAGCUUGUAGCUUAGGUGAAGAGACUGCUAGGAGAUACUUGCGGGAUAUUGUUUCUGGAUUAAUGUAUCUCCAUGCUCAUAAUAUAGUUCACGGGGAUAUCAAGCCUGAUAAUCUGUUGAUUACUCGUCAUGGUACAGUAAAGAUAGGGGAUUUCAGUGUCAGCCAGGCUUUUGAGGAUGAUAAUGAUGUGCUUCGACGAUCACCUGGAACUCCUGUUUUCACUGCACCUGAAUGUAUUUUAGGUCUUACCUACCGAGGUAAAGCCUCAGACACAUGGGCAGUAGGAAUUACUUUAUACUGUAUGAUAUUGGGCGAAUACCCUUUUCUUGGUGACACACUUCAAGAUACAUAUGACAGGAUAGUCAAUAAUCCAAUAGUGCUCCCAAAGGAUCUGAAUCCGCGGUUGAAGAAUUUAAUCGAAGGACUACUUUCCAAAGACCCAAAGCAAAGGAUGGCGUUGGCUGAUGUCGCGGCUGAUAGCUGGGUCAUUGGAAAUGAUGGGCCAAUUCCUGAGUACAUGUGUUGGUGUAAAAGGAAGAACAUGGAGAGGAAAGACAGUGAAUGAGAGCAAGCAAAAUAUGCUUCCAUGACAUGACCUUUACUGACCAAAUCUUUUACUGUGGGUUGCAUUUGUAUAUGUUGAGUGGAAACCGAGGUAGGCUUGAAGGAAUGUUAAAAUUUGAGAAAUAUGCCAACACGAGGAAAUAAUUACAGUUUUUUUCUUGAAGUAUUUGAGGGUUUGUACUACAAGCUUCUGCAUGUAGACAUAUAAAUACAUAAUCUUUGUUGAGUCCUAGAGUUAAUAUGAAUUUCAUUGAGUUUGUUGAGUCCUAGGAAUGUAGUUCAAAUAUACAUAUUUUGAUCACAAUGAAAACAGAGUUGAAAUUAACUUUUCA